AUGUUCAAACAUCCCCAGACAGUGGUUAUAGAUGGCUUCAGGCUCGAGGAAGGUCGGCAGCGACUACAAGACGGAAAUGAUGUCGAACUCCAGGCAGGACUGGCUAUUCUCACGCGACAGGCUGAUGAAUGGCUGACACAAGGCCCGUGGUCUGUUACUAUGAAAAAGAAACUUCCGCCCAGCGGUGACCUACACGAUUAUACCAGCCAGGCGCCUUAUUGGUGGCCAUCGGCGGACUCGCCAGAUGGAAAGCCUUACAUCAAUCGCGACGGGAAGAAAAACCCCGAAGUUCUGGACUACACGGACCGCGUCUACUGGGAAAAAGUCUGGACUUCAUGCCCAAUCUUGGCGCUGGCCUGGUUCUAUACGGGGAACGAAGCUUACGCGCGACACGCAGGCAAUAUCCUGCGUACCUGGUUCAUUACACCCGAGACCCGAAUGAACCCCAACCUCAAUCAUGCCCAGCUGAUCCCGCAUGCCGAGACAGGCAGGUCUAUCGGCAUCAUCGAUUUCUCCCAGGCCUAUACCAGCGUACUCGAUGCCGCCGCCAUCCUAGCCACUGGGCCCAGUUCUAUCUCCUCACCGGAAUCAUUCUGGUCUAAAAGCGAUGUGGAGGGAUUCCGGGCCUGGAACAUUAGCUUCUUGGAAUGGCUGAGCACCAGCCCAUUUGGGAGAGAAGAACGAGCCCGGCGCAACAAUCAUGGCAGCUUUGCCAUUAUGCAGAUAGCUGCCAUUGCCCUCUUUGUCGGCGAUACGGCUCGGGCCCACGACGAGGUUCUCGGAACUCGUGCCCACCUGGCUGCAACAAUUGCCCCGGAUGGGUCUCAGCCCGAAGAGCUGAAACGGACACGCAGCUGGCACUACUCAACCUUCAACCUUCUCGCACUCACGCGUCUCGGCUGUGUGGGGCGAAAGGUCGGGGUCGACCUGUGGAAAUUUGAAGGGCCGGAAGGGGAAGGGAGUAUCGCUCGCGCGAUCGAUUUCGUGAUACCGGCUGCGACAGGUAGCGAAGUAUGGGCCUUCCCGGAAUUGGGCUUUAAAGCUUAUGCGGCGGCAGAUCUUGUCCGGGUGGCGGCGGACAUGGGUCAUGAGAGGGCAAGGAAGGUCGUACACUUGAUAUAUCCACCACCCGAGGGGGACCUAUGGGCAUUGAGGCCAGCACCAGAGCAGCUUGAUGCAGUUAAGGUGGAUGAACAUUCGAAAGGAAAAUACUAG